AUGGCGGGGGGCGGAGGGACGGAGGGGAAUGAGGGGAUGCAGGGCGCCGCGCAAGGCGCCCGCAGGAAUGGCGAGGUGGCGGGGGAAGAAGCGGGAAGCGCUGGCGCUGAUGGCGCGGCGGAAGGUGUGGGGAGGCCGGCGAGGGACGAGGGGGAGGCGACGGGGAGAGGGGAGGCGGAGGGAAGCGGAAAGGAGGAGAAGAAGAGCGAGAGCAGCGGCAAAGAGCAGAAUGCAGGGGGACAGGGGGGGAACGGGGAGGCGGAAGGAGGGGAGGGAAAGGCGGAGGAGAGAGAGGGGGUGGCGGGGAGGCAGCAGGGCGGCGGGCGGGGCAGGUUGCGGGAGCUGGUGCGGCGCGCGGAGCAGCAGCGGCGCGUGGUGGGUUACCUGGACGUGGGGCGCGAGGUGGCGCGCUCCGUGGAGCGCCACCACCGCGCGCAGCAAGUCGCGGGCGCGCCGGGUGAGGGGCAGGCAGUCGGGGGGAAUGCUGCGGCGGGCAUACUCUCCCCACCGCACGGCCACGCGCCUCAUCACGCCUUCACGGAUUCCAUCCCCCUGCACGCGCCCCUGCACGCGCCACUGCACCACCCCCUGCACGCGCCCCUGCACGCGCCCCUGCACCACCCCCUGCAUGCCCCGCUCUCCCCCCUACGCGCGGGCGGGCGGUUGCAGCAGCUUCAGGCGGAGGAGUGGGGGGGCGGGGAGGGGGGCAUGGGGCGCGACGUGAGCACGAACAGCAACAUGGGCGCAGCGGAGUGGCUGGAGGGGUGUUUGGAGGAGGAGGAGGAGUGGCAGCAGUGGCGCAUCGACCCGCAGCAGCUGGUCAUCAAGAGCUUCCUUGCCCGCGGCACGUAUGGCUCCGUGCACCGUGGGGAGUACCGUGGGAAACAGGUGGCAGUGAAGCUGAUGGAUUGGGGCGAGGUGGACAAGGCAUCGCGCGCCAAGCUCACCUUCCUGCGAGACGUGUUCGCCCAGGAGGUGCUCGUUUGGAGCACACUGCAGCAUAAGAACAUCUGCCAGUUCGUGGGAGCAGUGCUGGGCGGGCCCGACUCGUACACCUUCCCGUCCACGGUGGAGGAUCACCGGGGCGUGCUGCGCGUGGGCAGCCACGUGUGCUGCGUGGUGUUGGAGUUCCUGGCGGGCGGCACACUGAAGCAGCUGCUCAUGAAGCACUACCACAAGAAGCUCUCCGUGCACCGUGUCGUGCACCUCGCACUGGACAUCGCUGAGGGGUUGGAGUAUCUGCAUUCGAGGGGCAUCGUGCAUCGCGACGUGAAGUCGGACAACAUGCUGCUCGACAAACACCACCGGGUGGUGAAGAUAGCAGACUUCGGGGUAUCACGGGUGAAGUCAGACAACAGCACCAUGCACCACAAGACCGGCACCUACGGCUACAUGGCUCCUGAGGUAUUAAAGGAGCGCCCAUACGACCACAAGGCGGACGUGUACAGCUACGGCAUCCUGCUGUGGGAGAUCUACUGCUGCGACAACCCCUUCCCCUACCAUGACCUUGACCCCACCGAGAUCGCCUCCACUGUCAACCAGGGCCUGCGGCCGGACAUCCCAUCGUGCUGCCCGCCACAGCUGGCGGAGCUGAUGAGGCGGUGCUGGCAUGGGGAGGCGGGCAAGCGGCCAGACAUGAUUACGGACAAACCAGCAGUAAACGAAGUUGGACCCGCCCUAAUUGCUGCCCCGCAUACGUACCUGGGCCUUUCCGCAACCUUUAUCCUUGCUACCCUCGCCGUCAUGGCCCGCUGGGCUCCGCACUCCGUGCUGCUCUUGGCGCUCGCAGCCGUCGCGCUCCUCGCCUUCCUUUCCGCCCUCCGCACGCGCCUGGACCACUCCCGCCGUCCACAUACACCCUCCAGCGCCCCGUCUCCCGAACGCCAUGGCCGUCACUCCAGCUACCGCCGGCGACUGGAGUCUCGGCGGGGCAAUCCCGGGCGGAAGACGGUGCGGCUGCACGCGGCGACGGCGGAGGCGAACCCGCGGCUGGAGCACAUCACGUUCGACCCGCUCGUGGCGGAGAUGGAGGCGCAGCAAGACGACCGCAAGUGGGAGGAGGCGCAGUUCCGCCGGCGCGGGGAGGAAGUCCGCGUGGCGCACGGCGGCAAGGCGCGCGGAGAGGGUGACGCGGGUGGCGGGCGGAAAGGUGUGGAGGAGGUGGAGAAGAUUGAAGCGGCGGACGAGGAGUUGAGGCGGCUAGAAGACAACCCCAACCCAGAGGCGGGGGAGCAAAAGGUGAAUGUGACGAACCGUCUGAGGGUGCUGUUCCCACUCAUUGACAGCGAUGACAGGGACGGUCUCGUGUCUCUCAGUGAACUCGCCAUGUGGCAGGUGCAGCAGGGGCAGCGCAGCAGUGAGCGGCGCACGCGGCGGGAGAUGCAAGUGGUGGACAGCGAUGGGGAUGGCAGGGUGUCGCUCAAAGAGUACCUGCAUGAUGACUCGCCGGGGGACGAAGUGCACGUGGAGGGCGACGAUGGCAUGGCUGAGUUUGUGAAGACGGCCAGGGAGCGUUUUGCACUGGCGGACGCAGAUGGGGAUGGCUUGCUCAACCAGGAGGAGUUUAACGAUCUGCUGCACCCAGAGGACAGUCAGAAUGAGAAGCUUAUAGACUCAGUCCGAGAUGAGGAGCUCAGGGCGCGGGACACAGACGGGGACAUGCGGCUGUCGUUUGAGGAGUUUCUGGACGGCGUGUAUGAGGAGGUGGCGCAGUUUGACGAGGAGUACGUGCGCUGGGAGGCACACCGCUAUGAUGUCAACAGUGAUGACUACGUGCCGCCCGACAUGCCACAUGGCAGCAAGGCAGUGGAGCACAUGAGCGCUGCGGAGAAGCGCGCUCAUGCACGCACGCGGUUCGAUCAAACGGACGAGAAUCAUGAUGGGUACCUGGAUGCGAGUGAGUUUGAGGACCUUGUGUACGCCAUCGUGCCGAACGAGUACCACUUUGCAGAGGAGCAAGCCAAGCACAUGAUGAUGGAGGCGGAUGACAACAAGGAUAAACGACUGUCGUUGGAGGAGAUGCUGGCGCACUGGGAUGUGUUCUACGAUGCUAUGGAUGAGGAGGGGGAUGACUCUUAUCACUGGCCAUCAGAUGAUGACCAUGAUGAGUUAAGAUGA